GCAGAAUGUUACAGCUGUCUAGGGAUGAUUUCCCUUCUCCUGGUGUGAGUCUGAGAUUUUGAGAAGUCACUGGCCAUGAAGAAGAUAUGAAAGUUAAAGAGUCAAUCAUGAGGAGUCUGGUAUUUCUGCUCUUGGUGGCUUUGUCCAGUGCUAAGGUCUUUGAGCGAUGUGAAUGGGGCAAAGUGCUGAAGAAUCAUGGCAUGGACGGCUACUACGGCGUCAGCCUGGCCAACUGGGUUUGUCUGACCCAGUGGGAGUCAAGCUACAACACCCAAGCCAUCAACAACGAAAACCGUGACAGAUCCACUGACUACGGCAUCUUCCAGAUAAACAGCCGCUAUUGGUGUGACAACGGCCGCAGCUCCAACCCUGUGAACGGCUGCCGCAUCAAGUGUAGCGACCUUUUGACAAAUAACGUUGCUGUGGCGAUCAAUUGUGCCAAACGUGUCGUGAGGGACCCCAACGGCAUUGAAGCCUGGGUGGCCUGGCGCAAUCACUGCAAGAACCGUGACGUGAGCGGUUAUUUGCGGGGAUGUCGUCUUUAAUUAAACAACUUCAACAAUGAAGAGAAAUUUGGUGAACAUGUGUCUGUUCUAAUUGUGCUCUGAUGUAAAUGACCAGAUUAAAAUAUUUUCCACCAAUAA